GGCUGCUCUACCAAUUACGGCCACUACUUCAGACAACGCUUCGAUCAGCUCAGGGGAACUAUCUACGCAAAAUUUGUCGCCCCAGAAUGACUGGGUCUUGAACCGUGAAGAGUGCUACAUAAAGACUGCAGAAGGCAAGGGAAGGGGUGUUUAUGCAUCUCGUGUUAUACCACCACAAACUGUGAUCGAAAUUAGCCCUGUGCUACUUUUCACCAGAUCUGAAUACGAGGAUCAUGGUAGACAUACGAUCCUGGAUCAUUACACGUUUAAAUGGCGAGAUGGACGGAUGGCUCUUGCCCUUGGUCUCGGCUCCCUUUUCAAUCAUUCAACCCACCCAAAUGUGACAUACACGUUUGAUUCUGCUCAUGAGUGUAUCAGGUACACGUCUACAAGGAGAAUCAACCCCGACGAAGAGUUGUGUAUCUUCUACGGUCAUAAACUCUGGUUUGAUCCUUCUCCCUUCGACCAACACGGCCAAUCUGAUUUUCUUGAUAUCCUGGCUAUCGAUAGCGAAGUGGAUGAGGCUGAACCACGAAAUACUGGCGACUCGGACGUUAUUCUGGAGGGCGAGGCUCUUCCGUUCAUUUGGAAGAAGCUUCAAAUAGAUGAAGAAGAGGAGUCCAUGGAAGACAUCAGAACAAUGCAGGCCUGGGCGGUUGACAUCCCGGACUCGAAACACAUAGCGACAAUGUUAAAUUGGCUGAAACGGUCAGGUCUCGAGAGUGAUAUUCUAUCACACCUCAAACGCAUCCGGAAGAAAGAUCGUAUCUCCACACUCCUUCUCAGUGUCUUGCCUUCUGCUCCCUUACUUCCUCAGAACGUGCCUGUCCCCUGCAAUCCCGCUUUAACACAGACAUCGCUUCUUUUAAAAAAUACGUUGUGGCCAACUGUAUACGCACCACGACGGAAGUGGGAGCCUGAAAAAUGGUCUAUUGCAAAAGUUCAAUGGGCUCGUGAUGCCAUUAGUCACAUUUUACGAGAGAGUGCUCAGACAACAUCGAGUGACGAGCUUCCGGUUGUUGCACACGUGCCCAGGCCCUUUGAAGACGAAGCUCAAUUACCUCGGUCAUUUACAGCCAAAGACACGCGUAUAUCCACUGGCCAUCCUCUGCGCCAUGCUGCAAUGAACAUCAUUCGCGACAUCGCCGAUUGGCAUACAUCGUGCAAUGGCACGAAUUAUCUGCUGACUGGGUUAACCCUUUUUAUAACCCAUGAACCAUGUAUUAUGUGCAGCAUGGCGCUACUGCAUUCGCGCGUCAAAGAGGUUUUCUACAUCGUCCCUAUGCCACAGACAGGAGGAUGCGGUGGAACUGCAUGUCUGCCUGCGCUCAAGGGUGUCAAUCACCGGUACAGCAUCGCGCACUGGAGAUCAAGAGACGGCUAGAUAUCUAGAUGCUCAUUAGUACCACGAUCAUCAUUCGGAGAUUAG